AUGACCGGCGGCGUGAUGGACCCGCUGCCCACCGCGCCCGGAGCUGCAGCUGCUGAGGCGGAGGCGGACGAGGAGGCGGACCCGCCAGCGGCAGACUCGCCAGUGCCCCCAGUCAGCGAGCCCAGGGCCCCAGACGCCGGUCGGAUGCAGGUGCCAGCGGGGAACCCGCUGCUGCUGUCGCUGACGCUGCAGGAGCUGCUGGCCAGGGACGCCGUGCGGGUGGAGCUGGUCCCGGAGAAGAAGGGCCUGUUCCUGAAGCACGUGGAGUACGAGGUCUCCAGCCAGCGCUUCAAGUCCUGCGUGUACCGCCGCUACAACGAUUUCGUGGUCUUCCACGAGACGCUGCUGCACAAGUUCCCGUACCGCAUGGUGCCGGCCCUGCCGCCCAAGAGGAUGCUGGGAGCCGACAGGGAGUUCAUCGAGGCCCGGAGGCGGGCGCUGAAGCGCUUCAUCAACCUGGUGGCCCGGCACCCGCCCUUCUCGGAGGACGUGGUCCUCAAGCUGUUCCUGUCCUUCAGUGGCCCCGACGUGCAGAACAAGUUGAAGGAAUCUGCUCAGUGCGUGGGAGACGAGUUCAUGAACUGCAAGCUGGCGGCUCGGGCCAAGGACUUCCUCCCGGCCGACAUCCAGACGCAGUUCGCCAUGAGCCGGGAGCUGAUUCGAAACAUCUACAACAGCUUUCACAAGCUCCGCGAUCGGGCCGAGCGGAUGGUGUCGCGGGCCAUCGACAACGCUGCUGACCUUCUCAUAUUCGGCAAGGAGCUGAGGCAGGUGCCCUGCGCUCUGGGGUCCGACACGACCCCGCUCCCCUCCUGGGCCUCACUGAACAGCGGCACGUGGGGGUCCCUCAAACAGGCGCUGAAAGGCCUGUCGGUGGAGUUCGCGCUGCUGGCUGACAAGGCUGCGCAGCAGGGCAAACAGGAGGAGAACGAUGUGGUGGAGAAGCUGAACCUCUUCCUGGACUUGCUGCAGUCCUACAAAGACCUGUGCGAGCGGCACGAGAAAGGCGUGCUGCACAAGCACCAGCGGGCGCUGCACAAAUACAGCCUGAUGAAGAGGCAGAUGAUGAGCGCCGCCGCGCAGAGCCGUGAGCCCGAGUCCGUGGAGCAGCUGGAGUCCCGCAUCGUGGAGCAGGAGAACGUGAUCCAGACCAUGGAGCUCCGCAACCACUUCUCGCUGUACUGCCUGCACCAGGAGACGCAGCUGGUCCACGUCUACCUGCCGCUCACCUCCCACAUCCUCGGGGCCUUCGUCAACUCCCAGAUCCAAGGGCACAAGGAGAUGAGCAAGGUGUGGAACGACCUGCAGCCCAAGCUUCGCUGCCUCUUCGUGGGACCGCCCGGCGCCCCGGCCCCCCCGCGGCCCCCCCAGGACGGCCUGUCUGCUCACUAG